AUGCCCGGCAACAAGCCCAAGUUGGCCCAACUGGCCACGCCUGUCACCAGUACCUUUCCCUCUGAGACCAUCUUCUCCGCCUCGACGCCCAUCUCAGCUAGGCCCGUGUCUUGCAAAGACCUCCCUAUCAAGACACCCAUCAGCCCGCCUACAGCCUACAUGGACUUCCUCAAGGUCAUGUCUCUCAACUCGCCUGCCGCCUUCAAGCCAUCCACCUCCGGCGAGACCACGCCCGAGUCGACCCCGGAGUCCGCGCCAUCAACCGCCGCCAGCGACGAGACCGAUGUCUCUUGCAAGUGUGAGCUCCAACACAAGAGCCCGGCCACUGCUCCCGCGAUCCCUCCCAGCCCAUUCACCCAACUGCCAAUGUCCGCGCCUGCCACCGGCGCAAACUGUUUCCCAAGCCUCAAGAUUCCGCCCUCGCCAGCGGUAUCCCAUCUCGACUCUCCCAUCAGCGGCAGCACCAUCCGGUCACCAUUCAGCGCCAGAUCCGUCCAGUCAGUAUUCGACUGGGACGCCGCCCUCAAGGCGAAGAGGUUAAACGACGCCAAGAAGCCUUCGAGGACAAGCGUGAAGCACAUCCGUGAGGUCGUCACGCGAACAGUCACGUACACGCCGAGAAUGAACCCGGCACCGAAGGGCAAGAGGAGGAAGGUGGAAUGA